AUGGAAGGUCUUAAAGAUUUGCUUGCUCCUAAAACACUCCACUGGUUCAGUUAUGUGGCAAAUGUAUGUUGGUUUGCGCCUGGAACUAUCCUAUCAGCAAUCUUUCUAGAAAUUGAAAACAACGAACCGACUGACUUUCGCUGUGGCUCAAAUGGCGACAGGGAACUCAUUGGUGUUAAGUGUUACGAACAGUAUGAAAAACAGUACAACAAAUUCGGUAUUCCUGUGUAUGGGUUCGUGAUUAUCAACUUCCUUGUUACUGCAAGUGUUUGUGGAAUAUACUCACAAGCGGUGAAGUCGAAAGUUGAGGAACUAGAAAACCCUAGAAACGCCGAUGAUGAUGUGGAAGGGCGAACUCCCCGGAAAAAGCUAUUCAAAGCGUACUGUUUGCAACUUCUUGUCAGAUUUGCUCUCGGGGUUUCUUUUGUCCUUCUGCAGACCAAAUUACUUUAUCCGCUCAGCUUUCCCUCCAACUUCAAUUGUAACUUAACGAGAGACGGGAAUUUUUCAGACAUAACGGCUAAUGGGACUCGCAACGGAACACAAACGCAAACGUCAUACGAAUGUCAUAAUCAAAGAGCAGCUAAAAAGUCCUUCUGGUCUGAUGCCGUGAUCGUUGUAACCGGAACUUUUGCGUUUUUUGUGUUUAUCGAGUCUCUCUUUAUGUUAUUACGUGCAAAAAAAGUAAAAAACUUUAUGGAAGACCCGAACUUUCAUAAAUAUUAUCUGAGUUCGAAUCAGCAGUUAAAUGCCCCUCCAACUGACAACGAAUCCCUGUCAGAACAGCAACAACGAGAGUUUAACAGUCCAUCAGUAGCCACUUUCAUCGAACGUAUGAAGGAACAUGUCCGUAGUGUCACCGGAAAAGCCUACGCAGAUCCUGCUGCACCUUUCCAUUACAAUCCGGGUGAAGGCUUAAAAAGAGAUCUAAAGCUUGACCACAUCUACACCGAUUUGAUUAUUCAUGAAAACAGAGCUUUGUAUGAAUUUAGUGCAGAUAGAGAGAAACAACUGAAAGAAUACCACAGACCCAGAGAAGAGUCACGAUCAACACGGCCGGGAGAUAUUUUUGAUGCUGACAAACGGAAUAUUCUUGUUGUCGGUCGUGCUGGAAUUGGAAAAACUAUGAUUUGCAAAAAGAUUCUGCGCAAUUGGGCAUCCGAUAACUUGCUCAGUGAUGCACAGAAAUCUGAAAUGGAUUUGAAACUCGCUUUCCUCAUUAAGUUUAGGAAGUUUAACCACAAAAACGAAGAACUCAGUCUUCGCAAACUCCUGGACGAAUCGGAGUAUUCUAAACUACCUCUAUCCGAUGAAGUUUGGCACUACAUUAUUGACAACCCAGACAAAGUACUCGUUAUAUUUGAUGGAUUUGACGAAUAUUCUGGAAAGGCUAAAAUCAAUGUUGAUGACAUUUCGAUCAAUAACAAUGUAGAAGACUCGAUGCCUCUUCAUUUCCUGUACAAGAAGAUAUUAUCAGGAAAAAUCCUUCCCGGUGCUACAGUCUUAACGACCACAAGAGCAAGCGCCGUGUCAUUCUUUGAAGCACCUAUUGCCUUUGAAAGAAUAGUUGAAAUUCUAGGAUUCAACGCUGAUAAAGUGGAAGAGUAUGUGGACAAAUUCACAAAAGAGAAAGGUGAUGACGGCAAAGGAGAAGCCAUAAAGCAACACAUCAGAAGUAACCUUAACCUCCAAUCCUUCUGCUACGUUCCUGUGAACUGUUUCAUCAUUUGUUCGUGCUUGUUACACUUGCUGGACUCACCCGUCUCCGGCUGCCUUCCUACAAGACUAACCGAACUAUACUCCAUUGCCAUCAAGAUUUUUUACUUUUGUCACGAUGAUAUCCAAAACCGUUACCCAUUACAUGAAGCUCAACAGUUUUAUUUGAAGCCAUUUAAUGCAUUACCUGAACAUGUGCAAAAAUUGUUUAAGAGACUGGGAGAAAUUGCUUUUCAAGGAAUCAAAGAAGGAAGAUUCAUGUUCGAAUCAGGCGAAGUCGAUGAGCAAGAAAACAAUGGUUUGUUCCACCGUUUACCUGAUAGUUAUAGCGGUUUAACGGAAGGACGAGCACAAUAUUGUUUUUUACACCUGACGAUACAGGAGUUCUUUGCGGCGAAGCAUUUGGUGGACACGUACAGUUCCGAGGACCUGCAGAAGUUUGUUUCCGAUCACAUCCAGGAUGGCGCGUGGAAGUUUGUGAUGCAGUUUGUGGCUGGACUGCUGGCUGAAAAAGAAGGACAAUCAACAGAUAUUUUCAGCGACCUUCUGCCCUCAGAAACUUUUACCCAAGGACUUAAAAUCGAGAUGAAUGAAGAUUCAGAGGAACGAACACUGACCUUUUGGCCAGUUCCUGAACACAACAGGUUAUUAGUGGUGACGCUAUUCAAUUGCAUGUAUGAGAACAAAGCCUCUGAUCGAGAAGUUCAAAAGAAACUGAAGAAAAUUGGUUGUAAUGCGCUUGAUUUUGUUCACUGUAAGCUGUCACCUCCUGACUGUUUAGCAUUAGUGCAUGCACUUAAAUCUGUUGAAGGAAUUUUGUAUUUUGAUUUAAGCCUCAACAACCUCCAGUCGCUAGGAUGUAUUGAGAUUGCGAAGUUGUUACCUGACAACCAACACAAUCAGGGUUUUUGCGAACUAAAAACAUUAAACCUCGCGGUUAACAACAUAACUGAUGAAGGAGUAAAACAUUUAGCUAAAGCACUCACACACACUAACUGCACACUAAACAUCUUAGGCCUCCAGGGUAACAACAUAACUGAUGAAGCAGUUAAACAUUUAGUUACAGCACUCACACACACUAACUGCAAACUAAGCAGCUUAAACCUCGGGAAUAACAACAUAACUGAUGAAGCAGUUAAUCAUUUAUCUACAGCACUCACACACACUAACUGCAACCUAAACACCAUAGACCUCGGGGGUAACAACAUAACUGAUGAAGGAGUUGAACAUUUAUCUACAGCACUCACACACGCUAACAGCAAACUAAACACCUUAAACCUCAGUCGUAACAACAUAACUGAUAAAGCAGUUAAACAUUUACGUACAGCACUCACACACACUAACUGCAAACUAAACAGAUUAGACCUCCAGUAUAACAACAUAACUGUUAAAGGUAUAAAUCUCCUAGAAUCAAUGAACAUCAACUGUAAAGUACGUUUCCGUUAAAUCCUUGAAUGCGAUGUAAAUGUUUCUCUGUUGAAGGAAUUUUGGAUUUUGAUUUAAGCUUCAACAACCUUCAGUCGCUAGGAUGUAUUGAGAUUGCGAAGUUGUUACCUGGCAACCAACACAAUCAGGGUUUUUGCGAACUAAAAAGAUUAAACCUCGCUUUUAAUCGGAUAACUGAUUAACACCACACUAACUACAAACUAAACAACUUAAAGCUCGAUCAAUAUUGCUUUUUCUAAACUUAAAGCUCAAUAAGAUAACUGAUGGAUGUAUAAAACGCUUCACUGGCAGCACUGCACUCACACAUACUAACUGCAAAAGAAACAAAGCUUAG